GUACUUAUUUAAAGUCACUUUUACUUUAGGCAAACUUGUCACAUUAUAAAUAUUUUUCAAGAGAUAUAAUUAUUGCUGUAAAGCCAAGCCCUUUUCAAAAUUUAUUGUAAAUAUAUAAAAUUAUUACCGCUACAGUAUGACUUGUCUGCGAGAAAUGCAAUUUGACGAUCUAUUCAAAUUCAAUUCGUUGGUCUUCGAUGCCCUAACCGAGGUGUAUAGUCUGACCUUCUUUGUAAAGCACCUUCUGGAAUUUCCAGGGCUGUCACAGAUUGCCUUGGCUCCCGGUUCCGAGGCCAGACGCAUGGGAUAUAUCUUCGGGAAGAAAGAGUACAUAGGUAGUAUGUGGGACCCGCAGGGCCAUAUUUCAGCGCUGACUGUUUCCUCGGAGUAUCGACGUGUUGGCGUGGCCACUGCCUUGAUGGACUACUUUUACACGGCCCUGGACCUCAGAGGCGCUUCCUCCAUCAACCUGUUCUUGCGAUGCAGUAACCUGGUUGCCUACCGCCUAUACUGUUCCCUGGGCUACGCACUUCAGCGAACUGUGCUCGACUACUACCCGGAGCCGGAGAAUGCUUUCGAAAUGAGAAAGUACAUACGACGGCCAUUGGAGAUUCAAGCACCAACGGCAAUUAGGUAAUGAGCAGGACUUCCGAGAUACGCAGCAUCUGUACUCGAAAUAAAUAUCAGCUUCAGCUAAUUAAAAAAAA